AUGUCAUUUUUCAAGGUAAUUUCGAGAGCAUCGUCACUUUUUCAUUUCAAACGAUGUCGAUCAAUUUUGGCCACGUGAAUUUUUCAGGACGUGAAAAAAAUUCACCUGUUCAGCAUUCCUUACGGAGAAAAGUUCCCGGUUACACCUUACAUCAAACAUUUCCACGACUGUUUGGGGAUGUCGUUCACGGUUGCCACAGUCGUUCAUAGGAAGCAGAACGCUCGAUUUUCGCAAACAGCUAUUAGAAAUUCUCACGCGGAAGCCUAUUUGGUUUACGUCGACGCACCGGCCGAGUAUUUUACCGUUCUGGAAACGGUCAAAAGCUCAAAUCCGUUGGCCAGAUGUUUGUUCGUGUUCAGGAAAGGAUCGUACAGGAAGGCAGUUGAGCGGUUGCGGCUGGCUUGGGAACUUUUUGAGUUGUUUAACAUUGCUAUAACGUCGAUUGAUGGGGACAAUAGGUUGGUUUGGUGCAUUUUUAAUCCGUUCAAUGGGAUGCAUUACAAUUUGGCGACUUCAACGGAACAUCAUACGCAGUCAGCUGAUUUGCGCGAGUUGAAUAACUUUAACGGAUUUCCGGUUACGAUCACGAUACCACAUCUACAAGGAACUCUUUUUAAGAAAUUUCCAGCUGGAGUGAAUAUUUUGCAAAUUAUUCUCAAAAUGAUUAACGCAUCCUGCAGGUUCGCCGUCGGUGGAUACCAAUUUGGAAAAGGUAUGCGCUCUGCCGAUAUUGAUUCUUAUCCCCACCUAAUCCAUGAUGUGUCUGCUAGUAACGUAAUUUUCCUGAAUCCUUUGAAGCAAACCGAAAUUUACGCUGCUGCUCCAAAAAAUCGUAAUCCCAAAACAUCUCACACGGAUUACGUGGUCGUCACGAGACUGUACUAUCGGAGGGUGGCGAUACUAUUUUGCUCCAUAUUGGCGCUCUUCGGUACCAUCAACCGAAAGCUAUUCGGUCCAACUUUAGAGAACGAAUUCACUCACUUGUUGCUCACCGGGACGGGCAUAAUGUACAACUUUGGCACUUAUGCCUUCAAAGAUACCAAACUCCGAAUCGUAACCGUAUCGCUCAUGUUUAGCGCAAUGAUCGUCAACAACAUCCUGCAAGGAUCCCUGAUUGAGUACCUCAACGUACCGGUUUCCAAAGAAAUCGACUCUUUGAACAAACUUCUAAACGCCAACGUUAACAUCGUCACAGUUCCAUUCAUCUUCAACAGCUUGCAGCACGUGACUGGAGACCGAACGGUGCAACAAAUCAAAACCAAGCUGAAAAUCCUGCCCCUCCCCCAAAACCGUGAAAAUCCCAUUUUCGCAAACGGACGUCACGCUUUCCUCCUGCCCAAGGAAAAGGCCCACUCAAUGGCGGAGACAAUCUACGACGAUCACGGAAAUGAUUUGCUUUUCAUCGUGCCCGAGAAGGUGCACGUGUUCUACGUGGCAUUCGUGGCCCGGCGCGAUCUUUUCAUGGAGUGGAAAAUCAAUCAGUUGAUACUGCAAAUGGCGCAGCACGGUAUUAUCCACUACGAAUUCGAAUCCAUGUUCACCUCCGUUAGACUUCUGCAGAUACCCUGA